AUGACUGCCAUGUGUGCCAUCAAAAUACCGCGAGAGCGUUUCGAGAGCAGCUGGCUGACUCAACCUCCACAGUUUCUCCAGAGUGACUGCAGGAGCGCUGAUGACGACAUUGCUGUUUCAGGAUUGCCUUUAAGAGUACACAUAAUUGUACAAAUUUAUAUUACAAUCCAUUCUCUUUCAUUUAAUUCUACUCUACCUGUCCUCUACACUUCCAGGUUUUGCAGUUUAGUAAAAUGUUUGUUAAUUAUUGUUUUUAUAUAUAUUCCAGAUGGAAAGGUUAUUGGUCAGGAUACAACAGGCAUAAAUGGAGAAAAUGCUACUUUGCUGUGUCAUCUGACUGAAACUGAUGAUGAUCUAACUCGUAUUAUAUGGAAGAAAAAGACACGAGAAAACCCUGAGGAAACCCCCUUCUUUGUCAUUCGCCCAGGGGGCGAAACUGAACUCAAGAAUGGAUUAAAAAACAGAGUACAAUUUAUCGGGAACUUUGCAGAGAAAAAUGGGUCUAUUCAGCUGCUCAGGAUGAGGCUUUUGGAUGAAGGGAUCUACACAUGUACCUUCAGCCUAUUCCCUAGUGGGCCAUUAGAGACUGACAUCAACGUCAUCGUUUUUGCUCGUCCUGAGGUUAAUAUAAGAGGGGAGGCACCUGUUGCUGGAUAUUUAGAGGUGAAGUUGGCAUCAUGCUUUGCCUCUAAUGCACGGCCUGAAGCAGAAGUGAUGUGGAGAUUAGGAGAUCUGGAAAACUCUCUGAGGACUGAAACUAAUCAUACAAUAAACCCAGAUGGGACCGUUACUGUUGUGUCCUACCUACUUGGUGUCCCAUUAAAACAUUUAAAUAAGAAGAACAUCCAGUGUUUGGUGAAACACAACAACACCCAAAAAGAGGAACUUGUGCUGGACUACACAAUAAACAUCCAUUAUCCUCCUGAGUCAGUGAUUAUAAUUCCUGACAGUCCAAAAAAUGCUAAAGAAUUCAGGUGUAUAGUGGAUAGUAAUCCAGAACCAACCAGCUACAUCUGGACAAGAGAGAGUACACACUAUUAUGGCAAGAAGCUUCCUGUGCCCAAACUGUCCCCUGACAUUAAUGGCUUGUACAUUUGUAAUGCUUCAAACCAAUAUGGAAGUUCAUUAGGUUCCCUGUAUAUCAGUGUUCAUACUGAAACCAGCGACGUCUGUUGGGGUCUGUUUGGUUUUUUCAUCUGCUGUGCUGUUCUUGUUGUUUUUGGUGUGAUAUUCAGAUACAAGCGGGAAUGGAUUAGAGUACUACAGUGUUCCAGUGAUCAGGGAGUACAGGGUAGUGGAGAAGAACAAAGACAGGAGGAAGACCCUGGUGAUCAGAAUGAAAGUGUUUCGCUUUCUCAACGAAACAGUGACACACCGCAGCCUUGAGUGAGCCGUGGUCUAGAAUGGCUGGCUUGAAUGAGCAGAGACAGGCGGCAUGAGAAUGGGGCGGCAGGCAGAUUCUAUGAAGGGUGUACCUCAGGCAUUGUGGCAACCAAAUGUGACGCCCGCUUCGUCCACGGAAAGAGACGAUUUGGCCAUCCACAGUGCAAAGUUGAUGUAUUUCCUCAGUGACCGGCACGGAUCAGCUCCAGCCAUGAAGAAGCGUAUAUUGUGCUCUUUUGGAAGGCCAAACAAAGUAGUUUCACUUUCAAAGUGAAACACACAGCAUCUAUAUGACAAUGCGGUGGCGGCAACAACAAUACUACAACAAUAAUAAAAGGUAUGCCUUCUUUCUCUGUGUGAACAUCUGGGUGGUGUUAAGCAAUCUUCCCACAUAGUAACGUAGACAUGUGGGGGUGUGUUAGAACGAGCCAUUUCAGGGGGGUGGGAACGAUUCUAAACUUUUAUAUUCAACUUUGGAUUUGAGACUGAGUCUUUGCAACUUUACAGAUCUUCUUUAUGCACCAAGAGCUUGUAAGACUCCAAAUAGAGGAAAAUUUUAAAUCGCAUCAUAUGACCCUUUUAAUUAUUUUUUAUUC